UGAAAAGAAAUCAUUUUAGUUGCCGUUUGGCUUUCCAAAACGUUAGUGGUCAUUGUAUUUUGUUUUAUAACGUGUAACGGUAUAUUAUCAAAAAAAAAAAAAAAAAAAAACCUAAAAAAUGAAUCCGAGCUUGGAAGAGCAAAUGGAUUAUGAACACUUAAAAGUCCAGCCUAAACAACCACCUAAAUAUAUUAACGAAUAUUUUAUACAACAAACGCUUGAAGUCUACUACAGAUGCAAUGUAGUUUUAAGGAAAUGUCGCUUCUAUUGCGCCACAAGGCCAGGCGAAACGUACAGCAGUGAAAUUUAUAGAGUUCUUGUGCUCUUCACUUUAUAUAAUCGUCGCAAGAACGGUAUUCUAUGCAAGCCAUCAACACAUGAAAUGUCACUAAUUGUGAAGGAUGUAAAAAUGAGUUUCAAGAGAAAAGAGGGCUCCAAUGAGUUUAUGAUGCAUAAAUAUAUAUUAUCUAGAUUAAUGGGUAAAUUGAUGGGAAUUUAUCCUGACGAAUAUUCUAUGGAAGUAGUUAACGAUCAUGAAAGAGUAUGCAAAGUGUCUGCAGAUUGCUUAUUAUGUUUUCGUGAAAAAUAUGAGGUAUAUGUUCUAGAAGAUCUGACCAGAAUGAGCUUUUGCCAACCAAAUCGUUUCGAUGGACUAGACUUAAUUGAAUCACAAUAUGUUAUGAAAAAAUUAGCGCACAUACAUGCCGCAUCUAUGGUGUACUUAUGGCAGCAUCCAAGAGCGGCAGGUAUAUUUCUACCAUCACCACUUGCUGAUGGCAUUGCUCCAUCAAGUUAUCUGGGUGUGUCCACAUUCGAAGGUAUGCGCUAUGCUAUUGAAAUGGUUAAACGUUGGCCAGGCUUUCGAGAUAUCGCCGAAAGGAUGCGUUCUACAAUGGAACAGUUUAAUAGACGCUUAACUGAGGUUAUGGCACAUAAAAGGUGUGCUUUCAAAGUACUGGUGCAUGGUGAACCCUGGGCGAAGAAUAUAUUUAUGAAAUAUGCACAAAGGGGUUCGGAUUUAUCGCCACGGGAUGCUACAUUUGUUGACUUUCAAAUGACCUUCAUUGGCAGCUGCGGCUAUGACCUAAAUUACUUUCUUCAAACUAGCGUUGACUUCAAUGUCUUGGUACACGAUCGCAAAACACUAAUUGAAUGGUAUCAUAAACAAUUGACAAGAACGUUAAUUAAAUUAAACUAUCCCAUCGAAAAAAUACCAACUAUGACAAUGAUAUUACAUGAAUUGUGGCAUUUUGAAUUCAUUGGUUAUUACGCAUUGUUGGUACAACUACCAAUUGCAUGUAUGGAUGAAGAUACUACAACUGAUUUUAGACUGAAAUGUAUACUCAAUAAAUCUGAACGGAAAAAAUUUUUCGAUAUUAUUUAUUCCUAUGAACGUGUUCAAGUCAUGUUAUAUUAUGGUCUGCGGCGUUUCGCGGUGAUGGGUCUGAUAUAGAUGCGGCAAUAAACAAAAAGCAUGUUAAUUACAGUGCAAUGUAUGGAAAAUGCAUGACGAAUUUUUAUAUACCUACUUCAAGUGAUUUAUGUACUAUCGUCCGCCCUCUUAAUUUUACAUAUAUGUGUAUGUUAAUUAAAUUAUUGUGCUGUGAACAAUAGUUGAUACGCUUAGCUUAAGAAUUCAUUAGUGGAAUAAUUGUCGUGGUUUAUAUAUUAAGUAUAAAUCAAUAAGUAAAUCUGAUUACUUUAUUACUAAUACAAUGACUAGUAAUUAAUGACAAUACAUCCAUUUUUUUAACUAAAAUAUUUUAAUAUUUUACUAUACAAAAUUUUGACUUAACCUUUGACCCUAAAAUAUGUAUGUACGCUCAUUUUCGGCAACUUUAUAUUAUUACUAUUAAAAUUAUUUUUAUUCCACGUUCUGAAAGCUAAUUACACUCCACUACUUAUUUUAAUAAACUAUUCCAUACUAUGUUUAUAUGUUUAUUUCAGUAUAAUCAACAUAAUUUUUUAAUACACUUCUAUGUUGUACAAUGUCAAAAAAAGCUAAAUUAAGUAUGUAACACCUUCUUUUAUGCAUGUCAAUAAAUGCACUUUUGUAAGUGCAAAAUCACCAAUUCACAAGAAU